UUACAGCAGUGGCCACUGGAUCACCAAAGCGUUUGCGCACAGCCACCUGUUGGCACAUCGCGCAAAUGUUACCAAACCCUUCUGCGUGGAAAACGUCAUUUAUUACGUUUAAUAUUACACACGUUGUAUGUUAAUUCAUUGUUAUUAACGACUAUGGAGGUCAAUAACACGCUCCCGGGACGCAACUUCAUAGACUUGCGCGUUUUAGCAGAGAAACUUUUCUCGUCGGCAAACCGAUCUCUGGACAACGAAACGGACCGCGUACCCGAAGAGGAUUUGGACGUGAACACAGAUAUUUACUCCAAAGUUUUGGUGACUGUUAUUUACGUGCUGCUGUUUGUAGUCGGGUGUUUGGGUAACUCGAUCACCCUGUACACGCUCGUCACCAAGAAAUCUCUCCAAAACCUCCAGAGCACCGUGCAUUAUCACCUGGCGAGCCUGGCCGUGUCCGAUCUCCUCAUCUUGGUACUCUGCAUGCCCAUCGAGUUGUAUAACUUCAUCUGGGUACAUCACCCGUGGGCUUUCGGAGAGGCUGUGUGUAAAGGUUAUUAUUUCUUGAGGGACGGCUGCUCGUACGCGACGGCGUUCAAUAUCGCCAGUUUGAGCGUCGAGCGCUUCAUGGCCAUCUGUCACCCGUUCAAAGCCAAGAGCAUCAUGUCGCGGAGCCGCACCAAGAAAAUGAUCAGCGUGAUGUGGCUUGCGUCUUUCGUCUUGGCCACCCCGAUGCUCUUCACUAUGGGACAGCGGCUGGUUGAAAAUGAAGUCAUAUGCACCACUAUCGUGUCCUCUAUAACUGCCAAAACUGUCCUACAGGUAAAUGCCUUUUUGUCUUUUGUGGUUCCCAUGGCAUUGAUCUCAGCAUUAAAUGGAGUCAUCGCCAGUCAGCUGCUGCGCAUGUUUCGGGAGAGUGCGCAGGACAAUCGCAUCUGUAUCAUCGGAGGUAACCCUACCAUGCUUAGUGUCGCAGUCGAGCCCAACCGUGCCCAGUCACUGCGUCAUGGAGUCAUGGUGUUACGUGCUGUGGUCAUUGCUUUUGUGGUCUGCUGGUUACCGUACCAUGCCAGAAGAUUGAUGUACUGCUAUGUCACUGAAUGGACACAUGCACUGUUUGAUUUCUACCACUACUUCUACAUGGUCACCAACGUGCUCUUCUACGUCAGCUCGGCUAUUAACCCCAUCCUCUACAACCUUGUCUCAUCCAACUACCGGCAAAUUUUUUUUUCCACGCUCCGCUGCUUCCUGCUGCCGUGCCGUCAUAAAAAGCAGAAGCCGGUCCUGACCAGGCACUCCAUCAGCAUCUGCAGUAACCAGACGUUCUCCUCCAAUGUUAUCAAAGAGACCAUUUACUGAUUCAGCUAUCUUAUCACUUCGUCCAUUUUAUUCAGCAAAGCCAAUGGGACCGCUGAGGCGAAGAAUACGUUCAGAUGGACUUAUUACAGGAGUUGUUAUGUUUGUGUUGAUGCAUCACCACAUGGAGAUUGUGAAUGUAGUGCAAGAGACGCUUACUGUGUUUGCGUGCCAAAGUGGUAUCAUAAAAAGAGAAGUGAACUGCUGAAAUGGUGUAAAUAUUAAGAAUGCCCACAUUGUUUCUCACUCAAUGUAUGAAAUUGUCUGUAAAAAUGUUACAGGCUCAACUGAAUGAUUCUAGAUCAGUGUAAGUUGUAGUGGUGAGCUUUGGUUGGUUGAAGAUCUGAUCAUCCACCUGUUGCUCUUGACACACAACUUUUUUGAAUCACUUACUCAGACUAGGGCUGGGCGGCAUAUCGAGUUUUGGAUAUAUAUCUGUAUUUUUCCCAGCGAGAUACGGGAUGAGGCAAUACAGUAUAUAUCACUAUGGUCUUAUCUGAUCCUUCUUCUUUGCGACGUUACUUUCCAACCAAAUCGCAUGUUGUGCAGCUAUAUAUUUUUUAACGGGUAUGGAAACCAUGUCUUUGAAUUUAAUGUUAUAACAUCUCAUGACGCUUUACCUUGCAUGUAAACAGUUGAAAAUGUAGAAAAUACCGAGAUACGAAUUGUAUAUCGACAUUCAUCCCAAAAUUACAGAGAUAUGAGUUUUGGUCAAUAUCGCCCAGCCCUAACUUUUAUUUGGAAGACUGCGUCUCCGGAGCUCGCAUUUGAUAGCAUGUGACCAGGGUGGCCAUUUAUCUUUAUGCGACACAACACUACAGUUUCGUUCUCACUUUGAAUACUUGAUGACGUUUGCGACUGACAAAUGCGACCUCUGGAGGAUGGAGUUGAUGUCGAUGUUGUACCUAACUCUUACUUCUUAUAUUGUUUCCAUCCUGCUGUAAUCUAAAUAAUUUACAAUGUUUGUGUACUGAUCAUAACGAUAACCAGUCAUGAGUGCAGGGCUAAACGUAGUUAAGGGUUGUAAGCAGGUUUUUGAACCAGAUUUUUUCCCCAAUUGGUUCGUUCCGAACAGAAACAGUAUUUUAACGUUUCCAGUUUUUGGUUCAACCCCAAAAUUGACGUUCCUGAAACGGUACGAACAAAAAUAAAGUUCCCGAACCGGUUAAUAACGUUCCAUGUCAGCUGUGGGACAUACAAAUAAGUAGGCUGAUCAUCAGGACAUUAAACUAAAAUUAUUAGUCUACAUAUUAGUCUCUAUCUUGUCAUCAAACAUUAAAAGGCUACAUUAUGUAAGCAGCAUAACUGUAAUUCUGACGUGCCUACAUUUGUUGAGUGCACUUAAACACGCGCACACACAUAGACGGAGGACGAAUGCCAAACGGCACUCCGGGAAGAAUAUGCAGUAUAAACAGUCGCUCCACAUAAAGUGAAAAUUACGUUGUUUUUCAGUGCUUUAUUCACCAAAUGUAUUUUAAUGGACUAUAUUAUGAGACACAGUAGCGCAACUCUUUCUAAAGUUUAUACAUCAAGAGUUCUGAUCUUUGAAGGCCAUAGGGAUAAUCACAUUUGAUUGGAGUUGGACCGGACACAUUCAACCACAUGUGCGUACAGAAAGCGGCUCACUUUAGCACCUUUUUGCAGUUAAAUUGUUUAAAAUCACUUAAGUGUUAACAUUUGCAAGCCUUUGACACACGUGCAAAUGAUUAACUUUUAUCCUAUUUAAAUUUGCGUAUUAAUCCGCAAAUCGCAUGAGAGCGGAACUGUGGGUCGCGAUCUGUAUGGAUCACGGAUCAACUGCGAUCCGUUACCACUAAUUAGUAAAAAACAAACAUUUUGAGAUACUUGGUAGCCUACAAUAUUUACCUCUUAUGAUUGAGCAUCAUAGACUUGGGCUUGAGUAGGCUACUUGCUGAUGGCAAGCUUCUCAUUUCUCCGAUAAGUCAACGACGACUGUAAGUGAACUUCACCGAGUAUUGCGCAGAAAUCUUGUCAAAGAACGGAAAAAAAAAUAACGGUAUUAACCGGUUACCAUUAUUUUAAAUAAAUGAUUCUGUUCCGGAAUAUAUAUUUUUUGAAUGUUUCUGGUUUCGUUUCAGUUCCUUGCAAAGCAUUAAAAGUUUCUGGUUUUCGUUUCCGUUCCGUGAACCAGUUCAAAGCCUUGCUUGAAAGGGAUAGAAUGAAAGAUUACAUCAUUUCCAAGUUAACCAGAAUAGAAACAGUUGAUUUAUUCUUGAGAAUAAAGAGUCGCUGUUAUGUAUAUACAGUCUCUAUAUCGAACUAAUUUGUAAAGCACUCCUCGUUGCCUCUUUAAGAUGAAUCGCUUCAUUGUUUUCCUCAUUCUCGUAAGUGGCUCUGGAUAAAAGCAUCUGCUAAUGCCUAAAUGUAAUGUACCAACUGUGAAUAUGAGCACGUAGAGUAUUUAGUUUUAUCACUAGCACAUUUAAAGUGGAGGCACUACAUUGUGAAACAAGUGACUCUUGCUUGCAACACAUCGAGAUGUUGUCCAUCACCAUUCUGUCGCCUUAGCAACGGGAAGGAUGGGCAUAAUUAAUUUGCCGGUUAUAAUAGCUUUAUUUAAACAAAGCACUGGUCUGCAAUUUGCAGAGAGAGAGAGAGAGAGAGAGAGAGAGAGAGAGACUUUAGAUUAUAAUGGCAGAAUACAAGCAGCUGAGGAAAAUUAAAAGCCAGCACACAGUAUGGGAGAGCACUUGUCUCUGAGAAAUAGUGGGCAGAUCUUAUGGGCAUGAGAUAGCUUAGCUUCACAUCAAAACUCAGAUCAAAGAUGCAUCUUGAGACAGAUGAGAGGGUGAGAACAUGACUGAGGAUCGGUGACAAGAUGUGGGUAAUGGAAUAUGGUAAUACAAAUGGAAAGCCAAAGAAAAAUUUAAAACUCUUUAGUUUUAUUGCGCUUUUAAUGGUAAGGAUGCCGAAGAUCAGGAGGCGGUCUGCUUCAGGGUGCAAUGUGAAGAACUUAUUAGAUAAGGUCUGGUAAAAACAGCUUUUGUUCAGAUCCACACGAAAUGCUAUGUGUGGGGAACUUCGGAAAACAUGGUGGAUGUUCACAGCGGGGAGGAUGCUGAGCACUUAAGAGGAGCUGUGUGGUGAACUAUACUCAAUGUUAAAAAGGGAACAUGCUGGUAUGCUGGCCAGAACUACACGGUUAAAGAGAGAUAAAGAGGGCUAUAUAAAAAUCGCCUGCUGAGGUUGUAGACCCGAGGUUGUAGACAAGACCAAAACGGUUAGGAAGGUUAUAGUGUUUGUUUGAUGGCUCUCAGGGGGGAGCAGAAUAUUUAUAACAAUUUUUAGCUUGUUUAUUUUUGAAAAUGUUUUGCUCAAAACCUUGAAAUCUCAAACAUGUAUGACAUGGUAGCAGUCAUAACCCAUUGUAAUUACAUUUUGCUGCAAAAUUUUAAUGUAAUUGUUGUGCAGUAUCUCUAAAAAAUGCAGGGUAUUUUUAUGUCAAAAAGGGAUUAACCCAACCCAUUGGGUUGUAACUUAACCUAUGCUGAGUUAUUUUAGUUAGUUAUUUUAAUCCACUGUUGGGUGAAAUAUGUGAAUCUGGACCAUAAAACCAAAUUGAAAUUGAGAUUUAUCAUGAAUAAACAAGCUUACCACUGAUGUAUGGUCUGAUAGGAUAGGACAAUAUUUGGCCGAGAUAUGACUAUUUGAAAAUCUGGAAUCUGAAGGUGCGAAAAAUCUAUAUAUUGAGAAAAUCGCCUUUAAAGUUGUCCAAAUGAGCAGUGUUGGGGGUAAUGCAUUACAAGUAAUGUGCAUUACGUAAUAAUAUUACUUUUCUGAAGUAACAAGUAAAGUAACACAUUACUUUUUAAAUGUACACAUUAAUAUUUGAAUUACUUUUUUAAAAAAGUAAUGCGAGUUACUUUUCAAAUUAAUUAAUUCUAUUUAAAAUAAUAAUAAUGUAUUAAAUUAAACUGAACGUAGUCAUGUAGAAUUAUGCACUCUAAGUCAGAAAGGGAGAUGGCAGGACAGAGCUUGACAUUUUUGCGAUGGAAAUAUGCAAUUUCUGAAUGCAGAACUUCAUAAAAGUCAUAAAACACACCUGCUAGGCCUAAAAGAGAUCAAGCCUCAGCGUAGUAACAAAAACUAACGCAAAAGUAACUUAAAAGUAAUGUAAGUAUUAGUUUCCAUGAAAAGUAACUAAGUAACGCAAUUAGUUACUUUUUUGGGGAGUAACUUAAUAUUGUAAUGCAUUACGUUUAAAAGUAACUUUCUCUAACACUGCAAAUGAAGUCCUUAG